AUUAAUCAAAUUAAACAUAAACGUUUCAAAUAAAAAUGGUAAAUUUUUGGAAUGCUUUGACACGCCGUAAAACCGAUGAUGUUGUUGAGGCUGAAUCAAAAUUAGCCAGAGUAUUGAAUGUAUUCGAUUUAACAGCUCUGGGUGUAGGCAGUACCUUAGGUCUGGGUGUUUAUGUGUUGGCGGGUUCAGUGGCCUUUAAUAUUGCCGGUCCAGCAGUGACGCUUUCAUUUCUGAUAGCAGCCGUAGCCUCAGCCUUUGCUGGUAUAUGUUAUGCAGAAUUUGCCGCAAGAGUACCAAAAGCAGGCAGUGCUUAUGUUUACAGUUAUGUGACCAUAGGAGAGUUUGUGGCCUUUACCAUAGGUUGGAAUAUGAUAUUGGAAUAUGUGAUAGGUACCGCCUCGGUGGCUAGAGGUUUUAGUGGUUAUUUCGAUUCUUUGAUUGAUAAAAAUAUGUCUAAAACCUUAACGGAAGCCGUGCCCAUCAAUGUUGAUUUCUUGGGAGAUUAUCCAGAUUUCUUGGCUUUUGGCCUUAUAUUGAUAUUAACUGGUUUAUUGGCGUUUGGUGUCAAGGAAUCAAGUUUUCUAAAUAAUAUAUUCACCACUGUGAAUAUGCUGACGAUUUUAAUUGUCAUUAUAGCAGGUAGUAUUUAUGCUGACAGCUCCAACUGGUCCAUACCCGCAGAAAAAGUACCCCCAGGUUUUGGAACUGGUGGUUUUAUGCCUUUUGGUGUGGCUGGUGUUAUGGCGGGAGCAGCCAAGUGCUUUUUUGGUUUUGUGGGCUUUGAUGGCAUUGCCACAACUGGCGAAGAAGCUAUUAAUCCCAAGCGAAACAUCCCCUUGGCUAUUGUGAUAUCCUUGGUUAUUGUUUUCUUGGCGUAUUUUGGUGUUUCUACGGUAUUGACCUUGAUGGUGCCCUACUUCGAGCAAGAUCGUAAUGCUCCCUUCCCAGCUGCCUUCGAUGCUGUUGGUUUAAUCUCCGUUAAGUGGAUUGUUACUGGUGGCGCCAUUUUUGCCCUAUGCACCUGUUUGUUGGGAGCCAUGUUCCCCUUGCCUCGCGUUUUAUAUGCCAUGGGUAGUGAUGGCAUUCUAUUCAAGAAAUUGUCCAAUGUCAAUGACUACACCAAAACUCCUCUGAUUGCAACCAUCUUAUCAGGCUUGUUUGCUGCCACCAUGGCCUUAAUAUUCGAUUUGGAUCAGUUGAUCGAUAUGAUGUCUAUUGGUACUCUCAUGGCCUAUAGUAUUGUGGCCAUUUGUGUAUUGGUUUUACGUUACGAAGAUGAGGGCAUGCAGAAACAAGUUACACUCAGUUGUCCCACUGUUGUCAAACAAUUUUUCAAUGGCAAUUCUUAUCGUCAACCGAAUAUCUUGAGUUCGGCCAUUACAAAAUUUGGCAUUGUGCUGUUUGGCUUCAUUUGUAUAUUAUGGUGUAUUUUCGAUAAAAUCUAUACAUUUGGCUCCACCGACAGCAUAGUUGCUUUAAGCGUUUUAGGUGUUGUACUAAUAGCCAUUAUAGUGAUAAUUAGCUACCAGCCUGUAUCCACAGUAGAGUUGGCUUUUAAGGUACCGCUGGUACCUUUGAUACCCUGUUUAAGUGUUUUUGCCAAUCUUUAUCUAAUGUUCCAAUUGGAUAUAAAUACUUGGAUUAGAUUUCUUAUAUGGCUGGCCAUUGGUUAUGUGAUCUAUUUUAUUUAUGGCAUUAGCCACUCUACACAGAUUACUAGAAACAGAAAUCAUGCCGAGGAGGCCAGGAAAUUACAAUUUACUAAUAUGGCCUAUGAACCAGACUGGAAAGUGGAGAAUGGUAAAUGUGAAAAGUUAUGAGAAAUAUUUGACAAAAUAUUGUUACAAAAUGAGCAAUGUCUAGGAAGGGGUAACAACUAUUUGCUACUUAAAAAGUAAAUAG